AUUAAUAACGGUUUUUUAUUUUCUUGAUUUAUGUUUGACAAAUAGAAGCUGAUAUAUAAGGGUAACAAGCAAAUUCUUAGUAAUAAUUGACACCUAAUACUCCAGUAGUAAAAUGAUCAUCCAUAAUUCUCUCUAAUAUAUGAAUGACUUGUAUGCUAUAGGUAUCCUCUUCUUUACCUUAGUAUAAUCUAAACAUUACAGUUCAUUAUAGGUUCAGUAUUUUCCUAAAUUACAUUUUAGUAACUGUACUUGCGCUGACUUAGAUGAAUAAUUUUGCUAUCCUAUCAACAGCAAUAUACAAUGUCUGGACAGAGGGCAAAAAAUUAUAUUUUUACGAAGUCAAAAGGAUACUUCCAUAAUUAAUGUAUUGCCCAGAUUUUUGCAAUGCAAGACUAUUGAACCAUUUUGAAAAAGGACAUUUUAAAAGGAAGUUUGCAAAGGUAUGAGUGAGAUGGCAUAACUUGACAGGCUGGACUGGAACAUCAAUUAUCCCUAGAAAACAAGCUUAGUACUCUCAAAGAACAAGUUUACCAUCUAGGUUGUCCUCAAUGUAUGUAUCAGUUUUAUAAGGUAAGAUUCUGUAUGAAAUGGUAAGAGAAACAGCCACAAUCAUCCAUCAUAGAAAACCACCGGGGUACGUGCCUCUGCCACUCUCUCAACAGUCUGGAAUAUGAAGGCAGUAUUAUAGUAUGUACUGUAUGCAUGCAGAUCAGCUGUACUCUGAGCUUUAUUAGACCAGAGACUUGGCUCUAGUCUAGAGACACCAUAGAGAAGAGGUUCAGACCUCUCCUUGGGGACCCCCAGCCCUUCCACAACUAGCACACCUGAUUCAACUUGUCAACUAAUCAGCAUGUCCUUGAUUAGGCGAAUCCACUUGUCAAGUCCUUGAUUAGGCGAAUCCACUUGUCAAGUCCUUGAUUAGGCGAAUCCACUUGUCAAGUCCUUGAUUAGGCGAAUCCACUUGUCAUGUCCUUGAUUAGGCGAAUCCACUUGUCAUGUCCUUGAUUAGGCGAAUCCACUUGUCAUGUCCUUGAUUAGGCGAAUCCACUUGUCAUGUCCUUGAUUAGGCGAAUCCACUUGUCAUGUCCUUGAUUAGGCGAAUCCACUUGUCAUGUCCUUGAUUAGGCGAAUCCACUUGUCAAGUCCUUGAUUAGGCGAAUCCACUUGUCAUGUCCUUGAUUAGGCGAAUCCACUUGUCAAGUCCUUGAUUAGGCGAAUCCACUUGUCAUGUCCUUGAUUAGGCGAAUCCACUUGUCAAGUCCUUGAUUAGGCGAAUCCACUUGUCAUGUCCUUGAUUAGGCGAAUCGGUGCGCUAGUUCAGGGCUGCAACAAAAUUGUGAAACAUCUGGGAGUUCCCAGGGAAAGGUUUGAAAACCACUUCCAUAGCGUCUUCAGCCAUGUCCCAGGGCUAGUGCUAAUGUCCUGUAUUCCAACCCUAGAACUAGCUAACGGGUGUGUCCUCUGUGGUCUUCCCUCCGACAGCCUCCACCUCACCACGUUCUGCCUGCAGCACAAGCCCACAGUCAUCGCCUGCGUCUGCAUCCACCUGGCCUGUAAAUGGUCCAACUGGGAGAUCCCGGUCUCCACUGAUGGGAAACACUGGUGGGAGUAUCUGGACCGCACCGUCACGCUCACACUGCUGGACGAGCUGACCAAUGAAUUCCUGCAGAUUUUGGAGAAGACGCCCAGCAGGCUGAAAAGGAUACGUAACUGGAGGGUAGGUUCUGCUCUCACAACUGGUGCCACGCAAGCUGCCAAGAAGCCCAAGAUGGACAGCCAAACGGGCGACACCUCCUUCCAAGGGACCUCCUCAUUGGACGGCAUCACCGGUGUGGCCGGCAGCAACUCAUUCUUCUCGUCGUCUCUGUCAGACUCUGGGGAGAUGGCUUCACUAGACGACAUGUCUAUCCCGUUCCCUCCCUACCAGGCCCUGGCUGGGGACCACGCUGAGCUGCUGGGGCUGGACCAGGGCCUUGCCUUUCUUCCUCAAGCCAUCCCUUCAAAGUACCCAUCAGGCAAACACGAACACAAAACGGCCAGUGCAGGCAAGCAUCCACAGGCCCUGCCCAAUAACCCCUCGCCCUUCACCCGCCCCCCACAGAAACUCUCCCUGGAUAAGUACAGAGAGAAACAGGCAGCAGACCUGCAGACCAUGCAGAACGGUGUCCGAGAGGAGCAGAGCGGUGUGGACAUGUACCAGUCCCAUAAAAGACGCUCUGUGCAGGGGGACAGCAGGAGGGACAAGGCCAGCUCUAAAAAGACACGAUGUCUCCCACCACAGGCCUCGGCGGUUGAGAACGGCGUUGCGGCCAGCAACGAGGAGCUAAAGAUGAGAAUCAAAGUCUCAGCUGAGAGAGACCAGGGCGGCCAUGUUGGUGUCCCACAGGGCAAAGAGAAGUACAAAGACCACUCUGGCCCCAGCAGACACCCCAAGCACGGCCACUCGCACCCUUAUGCCCUCAGCGGGAACGGCCGAGGGGCCAUCGACCCCGCCCUGGCACUCAGAGUCCUCGGUGGCCAUGGUAGCGACCUGGGGGGCUCCAGUUCCUCCUCCAGGAAACGGGCCAACCCUGACGUCAGUAGUCACAACAACCACCACCACUCUGCUAAGAGCAGCAGGAGUUCCAAAGGUGCCGGAGGCUCCUCCCACUACUCUUCAGACGGUGGUGGCGGCCCGAGGACUGUGGAGCGACACCACGGUGGCCCGGAGGGGUCAAAUGGAGUGCUGGGGUCUAACGGCCAACACACCGACUACAAAGACACUUUUGACAUGCUGGACUCUCUGCUAAGUGCCCAGGGAAUGAACCUGUAAACUCAGAGUUAGUCGUUUAGCCUGGGUGCAGGUUGUUUGGCUCUCUUGCCAACUCUGUCCAAACAUGUUUGGCUUGACAUUUGAGUGGGCAAGACUGGACAAACAGAUCUGGAUAGUAGGCUAGGCAGGAGUUGUUGAAUAGAGAAAAUAGGUUUUUAUGAUUAAAAAAUAAGUAAAAAAUGAUUUUAUAACUUUGAAGUUAACUUCAUCACCCUGUCCACACACGGUAAUAAUUACUGAUGCUUUAAGGAUCUUCAGAAAUGUCCACAACAUGAUAUACACAGUGCUGUAAUGCUACUUGUCUGCUUGCUAAAAACCCCUAGGAGCCACGUUCACUGGUUCUGUGAUUGACAAAAUUCCAGAUUUUAAUUCUGUUCUUUUAAGAAGAAAGAGAAGUCUGCCUUUUUAUGAGUUAUUUGCUAUUAAUAAUGUGCAUGUUUCAAUCACAUAAGGGAAGAUAGCAGCCUGGUGGAGGUUCACAGAGUGUCCACGUAAAUGCGUGUACGUUUUUGUAUGUUAAGAAACAACCUUAUUCCUUGAAAUACUCAGGUCUGGAAACUUUUUUUUGAUAUAAAGAACGAAAUAAAUCUUCCUCUCUUGGCGUAAUACCUGUAUCUGUAGAGAUGUAUAACUUUUGUCAUUUUGUUGGCUGAAGGCUGCAGAAGUACAGCAUCUAUCUUACCGUAGAGGCUGUUUCAGUGUGCUUGUCUUCUAAUGGGAGGACACACAUUGUAUAUGAUGGCAAUCCAACUCAUCACACAUGGCUAGUCAGAGGACAUACAAAGGCCCUUUCCCAGAUCAACACCUCAUAGACCCUAUGGGUGUAUCCAAAAUGGCACCCUAUCCCUUAUGUAGGGCACUACUUUUUGACCAGGGCCCGCAAAGUUCCCAGCUGGGAAAAACACUGGGUCUUGGUGAAAAGUAGUGUACUACAUAGGGAAUAGUGUGCCAUUUUGAGAGAGACACCCUUAUGCGCUUGUGGGAUCUCAAGUGCUUAGGGUCUAGGGGUGGAUUGGGGACCGGGCCAUAUGCUGUCUACUGUCCAACUAAGUGGAUGCCAAAGGCUGUGCCUCUAAAACGUACAGCAGAUUAUUCUAGAGCUAUAAAAGAAGUUUACGUUAUAACUGCUGUGAAGUGCAUUCAAAAAGAUCUCGGCAUAUUUACAAAAAGCCUUGUGAUUGUAUCAAGUCGUCAACAAGUCACUAUUCUUCAAUAUUGAUAAAUGUCUAAUUAACCAACCGCCAUCCUAUGAAAAUAUCUCUAGAGGUGAUUGUAUAUAGGACAGCAGUUCUAGCUAGUCGGUUGACUUUACACCCUCAGACCACACAUUCUAUUCUGCCAUAACAGUGUAUUAGGCGGUCCUAAAGCGGACACUAUUGAACAAAUCCUUAAUGUGUGUACUGGGAACCCAAAUAAACGUGUAAAACUGUCGUUUUUACACACGAAUACA